GAGUGGCAUCUAUUUCAGCGUGUGUGUGCUAUAGCUUAAGGAAUCCCAUAAGGAAUUCUCUCCUGGACCACGAGAUGAGCGUGACGGGCAGCUCUGUGAUUUAGUGCCGACGACUCUUUUUUGCAUCAGAAAGAUUCCCAAAUCCAUCAGAUAUGUCUGGGAUGGAUGGGUCGGUGGAGGAGAUGAAUGGUACGGGAGUAAACAGCGAGAGUUUCCUGAGGUUCAGCCCUACAUCUGUUUCUACCGGGGCGGCCGCUGCUUCAUAUGGACGAACUGCCAAUGUUUAUGUCUAUGUCUCCAUCUUCCUCAGCUUGCUGCUUUUCCUGCUCACCCUGUUGAUCAUUGCUCUCCACAGGCUGAAAAACAUCAUAUCCUCUAGUUCUUCAUACCCAGAAUGCAGCAGUGAGGCCGGGAGCUCCUUCACGAACAUGGAGAUCUGCAGUGUUUCCUCACAGAGAUCAACAGUGUCCUCGCUGUCCUAGCAGAGAGAGAGAGAGAAGGAUCACACACAUGUCUGAAUGUACUGAUAAACUAGAAAUUUAGAGAUAUUUUAGAGGUCAUUUUGAUGUAUAAUUAAAUAUUUAUCCGUAUUAUAAAUUUCAUUAUCAGCUUCAUUAUUAAGUUA